UGUGGCAUGGCUAUGUGUGAGCCGGGCAGCGUGCAUUAGAAGUGGGAGAGGCCGAGCAGUCAUCCCGGGUUACACUGUCAGGAGCAUGGCGGCUUCCAACAGACUUGUCCUAGGACCAUUAGUGGGGGCCAUUGAUCAGGGCACCGGAUCCACCCGCUUUCUGGUCUUCAAUGCAAAAACAGCUGAACUACUUAGUCAUCAUCAAGUUGAAAUAAAACAGAAGUUUCCCAAAGAAGGGUGGGUGGAACAAGAUCCAAAGGAGAUUUUACAGUCUGUUUAUGAAUGUGUAGAAAGAACCUGUGAGAAGUUAACUCAGCUUAGCAUAGACAUCACCAAUAUCAAAGCUAUAGGAGUCAGUAACCAGAGGGAAACAACUGUUGUAUGGGAUAAGACCACUGGAGAACCUCUUUAUAAUGCAAUUGUGUGGCUUGACUUGAGAACCCAGUCUACUGUUGACCGGCUACUAAAAAAAAUUCCAGGAAGGAAUAAGAAUUUCUUCAAGGGGCGAACUGGUCUUCCUUUGAGCACUUAUUUCAGCGCAGUGAAGCUACGAUGGCUGCUAGACAAUGUUGAAGAAAUCAGGCAUGCGGUGGCAGAAGGCAGAGCCAUGUUUGGAACCAUUGAUUCCUGGAUCAUUUGGAGCUUGACGGGAGGGAAGACUGGAGGUGUACACUGUACAGAUGUGACCAACGCCAGCAGAACCAUGCUAUUCAACAUCCAUACCUUGGAAUGGGACGCAGAGCUCUGCCAGUUUUUUGAUGUACCAAUGAGUUUGUUGCCGAAAGUGAGGAGUUCUUCUGAAAUCUACGGACUUAUGAAAAUCUGUCCUAGCCUGAAGUCUGGAGCUCUGACCGGAGUGCCAAUAUCAGGGUGUUUGGGUGAUCAGUCAGCUGCAUUGGUUGGACAGAUGUGUUUCCAAGAUGGACAAGCAAAAAACACGUAUGGUACUGGCUGUUUCUUGCUGUGUAAUACUGGCCUAAAGCCUGUUCUUUCAGAUCAUGGGCUGUUGACCACAGUGGCUUACCAGCUUGGAAGAGAUAAACCUGCCUAUUACGCACUUGAAGGGUCAGUUGCAAUAGCUGGGGCAGUUGUACGCUGGUUACGAGAUAACCUUGGCAUUGUAAAAACAACUGAAGAAGUAGAAAAACUUGCUGCUGAAGCUGGAACAUCGUAUGGAUGCUACUUUGUUCCUGCAUUUUCAGGCCUUUAUGCACCAUAUUGGGAGCCCAGUGCCAGAGGAAUCAUCUGUGGUCUGACACAGUUUACAAAUAAGAAUCACAUUGCGUUUGCUGCUCUUGAAGCCGUCUGUUUCCAGACCAGAGAGAUUCUAGAUGCAAUGAACAAAGACUGUGGAAUUCCUUUGAGCCAACUGCAGGUUGAUGGGGGCAUGACUAACAAUAAGAUCCUCAUGCAGUUACAGGCUGAUAUCCUGUGCAUCCCAGUGGUGAAACCUUCUAUGCCAGAAACAACUGCAUUAGGAGCUGCCAUGGCUGCCGGGGCAGCAGAAGGAGUGGGUGUCUGGAGUCUUAACCCUGGAGAUUUGACUGCAGUGACUUGUGAACGGUUCGAACCACAGAUUAAUCCUGAAGAAAGUGAAUACCGAUAUGCUCGCUGGAAAAAAGCAGUGAUGAAAUCAAUGGGCUGGGAAAGUUCUGAGGCUGCAACAAAUGGGAAUGGUGACUCUAGUAUCUUCUCUAGUCUGCCUCUGGGUUUUUAUAUAGUGAGUAGCAUGGUAAUGUUAAUCGGAGCAAGGUACAUCACAGGACUUGAGAAGUGAAGCUAUUUCUGCACAUUUUUUUCUAUUGGUGGUGUUUUUGGAUUCCUCUGUGAUUUUAAUCUGAUAGAACUUGACAACUCUAUAAAAUUUCCACACACAUUUUUUAAAUCUAUUUAACCUCCUCUCACUGUUUAAUAAUGUUUUUAGCAGCAUACCUCUUGUAAAUCUAAUAUACAUGAGCGGUAUUCUGCUAAAGAUAUAUUGAGAACCUCUACAGAGAUGACAAUAAAGGGAAUGCUAAGCUCACUGAUCAUUUAGAUGCGACUUGAAGACUUAUUUGCACUUAGAGAUUCUAAUCAUUGGAAGUAUUAAUAUCCCGAUUAAUAUCUCAAGACUGAUUGGGAAACAUGUACAGAUAUUUUUGAUGAAGUUGUAAUUUUUGGAAGUUAAGUUAACCUUGUAUUUUAUCUGGCACAAACAAUUAUAUUUGCUACAACUUGUUUUCUUCUAAAGCAUUUGUGCCUUUUACAUUCCAAAGGCUGUGUAUCUGUAUGUUUGUUUUUUCCUUAUUUUAUUGUCAUGUAUUUCAUAAGGUGAGAGCCCUGAGGAAUUACUGGUACCAUGUAUCACCAAGGGAGAAUACAGUUCUUUUACAGGGGAAUCAUUGUUUGAUUAGAUGUAAAGAAAUAUUUUAGCAACAGAUACAUUAAUAUUAGAUUUCUUUUAUUUAAAUAUGUUACUGUGCAAGUGCAAAGUCCGAGAUGAAGUCUGAUUGUGUUUGUGUAAGAUAAAUAUUUGAAGCCUUUAUCUUAUGGCCAGAAUGUUGUCCUGUCCAAGGCUUUGUUCACACUGUUUUUGGUGGCAAGAAUAGUGCAGUCUGCAGAGCAAGAAACCUGAUAGACCCUUACAUAAGUCAAUGGGUUUUGUCAAGAUUUUUGGGGUUCCAUUUGAACACCUAUCUGUCCUAUGAGUCACGGCUCCAUUUCAGAUAGAAGUCUUGAUAGUAGUGUGAACAGAGCCUAAUACCUCCUUCUUCUGAUACUUGACCUCUGCAAAUCUACUAGACUGCCCAGCCACUUCAUAAUGCAAGCAGAUCCAGGAUAAUUUCUCCUAGUAAUGUAUAUUUGCUGUUAGUACAGUUAAUUGGUGACCGUGUUCUAAUUUAAAGGGAACCUGUCGGCACCAAAAUUGCCCCGCAGCUGCCUGCAGUACCUUACAGCUGAUGUCCUCUGGUUUCUAAUGAGGUGUUUGUCUAAGUCAUCCAAUGGACGUAAUCAUUGUAAAACAAAUUGUAUUCCGCCGUAGGCUGAAUGCAAGUGAAGAUCAUGAAUUCAGGGGGCGGUAGCUUUUACAUUUGAUGUCAAGCUUGCCACACCCCUUCCCCGCCCUUUGAUUUUGAUUGAUGGGCUUUUUUCAUUUUCUUCAUGCGCGAUCCCUUUUGUAGAUCUUGCGCAUGUGCCAAAUGAUAAUAGCCUCCGGCUCGCUCGUGCAAGAUCUCAAGAAGGUAUUGCACAUGAAGGAAACUAAAAAGCCCAUCAAUCAAAUGGACAGGGCAGGAAGGGUCCACUGCGAGCUUGACUUGUAGUGUGAAAACCACUGCCCCCUUGACUUGUAGUGUGAAAACCACUGCCCCCUUGACUUGUAGUGUGAAAACCACUGCCCCCUUGACUUGUAGUG